AUUCUCGUUCCAGGUCUGGCAGCGGAUUUCCGGUACUUGUAGUCAUUUCCUCCCGUGUUCUGUGUGUGCUGGCAGCCGGUAGACAUGGCGGCGUUUGGAGAAAUGGGUGUGAUGCCGGAGAUUGCUCAGGCUGUGGAGGAGAUGGACUGGCUCCUUCCUACUGACAUUCAGGCGGAGUCUAUACCAAUGAUUCUAGGCGGCGGUGAUGUUCUUAUGGCUGCUGAGACUGGUAGUGGCAAGACAGGGGCUUUUAGUAUCCCUGUCAUUCAGAUUGUGUAUGAAACCUUGAAAGAUCAUCAAGAAGGCAAGAAAGGAAAGGCCGCUGUUAAGACUGGCAGCUCAGUGAUGAAUAAGUGGCAGAUGAAUCCAUAUGACAGAGGCUCUGCUUUUGCCAUCGGUUCUGAUGGACUUUGUUGUCAGAGCAGAGAAAUGAAGGAGUGGCAUGGAUGUAGGUCAACCCGUGGAGUCAGCAAAGGGAAGUAUUACUAUGAAGUGUCCUGCCAUGACCAGGGUUUGUGUCGAGUUGGUUGGUCUUCUCUUCAGGCGUCCUUAGAUCUUGGAACGGACAAGUUUGGCUUUGGGUUUGGAGGAACAGGAAAGAAGUCUCACAAUAAGCAGUUUGAUAAUUAUGGCGAGGAGUUCACAAUGCACGAUACCAUUGGUUGCUACGUGGACAUAGACGGUGGUCGUGUGAAGUUCUCUAAGAAUGGCAAAGACCUCGGAAACGCAUUUGAUAUUCCCCCGCACUUGAAGAACCAAGCAUUGUUUGCGGCAUGUGUUCUGAAGAAUGCUGAGCUGAAAUUUAAUUUUGGAGAUGAGGACUUCAAAUUCCCACCUAAGGACGGGUUUGUUGCUUUUUCCAAAGCCCCAGAUGGCCACGUAGUCAAAUCCCAGAACGCUGGAAGUGCCCAAGUGAGUCAGGCAAAGAAUCUGCCUAAUGCACCAAAAGCCCUGAUUAUUGAACCCUCCCGGGAGCUGGCGGAGCAGACUCUGAAUAAUGUCAAGCAGUUCAAGAAAUAUGUGGACAAUCCAAAGCUAAGGGAGCUCCUGAUUAUUGGUGGAGUAGCAGCAAAGGAGCAACUGGCAACGCUGGAGAGUGGAGUAGAUAUUGUAGUGGGCACUCCAGGCAGAAUUGAUGACCUUGUUUCAACUGGAAAACUGAACCUGUCCCAAGUGCGCUUCCUGGUGCUCGAUGAAGCUGAUGGCCUCCUGUCUCAGGGAUAUACAGACUUCAUCAACAGAAUUCAUCAACAAAUUCCUCAGAUCACUUCCGACGGGAAAAGGCUGCAGGUGAUCGUGUGUUCGGCCACUCUGCAUUCGUUCGAUGUGAAGAAACUGUCUGAGAAAAUCAUGCACUUCCCUACCUGGGUGGAUCUGAAAGGAGAAGAUUCUGUCCCUGAAACCGUUCACCAUGUUGUUGUGCCAGUCAACCCAAAGAAGGAUAAACUGUGGGAGCGACUUGGCAGCAAACAUAUCCGAACUGAUGGAGUCCACGACAAAGAUAACACUAGAGCAGGAGGAAUCUCCCCAGAAGCCAUGUCCGAAGCCAUUAAGAUCCUGAAGGGAGAGUACACAGUUCGUGCCAUCAAAGAACACAACAUGGACCAAGCCAUCAUCUUCUGCCGAACCAAGCUGGACUGUGACAACAUGGAGCAAUAUUUUAUACAGUAUGGAGGAGGACCUGACAGGAAAGGACACCAAUUCUCAUGCGUCUGUCUGCACAGUGACAGGAAGCCACAGGAGAGAAAGCAAAACUUGGAGAGAUUUAAGAAAAAUGAAGUUCGAUUCCUGGUCUGCACAGAUGUGGCUGCCAGAGGUAUUGAUAUCCACGGAGUUCCUUAUGUUAUCAAUGUGACCCUUCCGGAUGAGAAGCAGAACUAUGUCCAUCGUAUUGGAAGAGUCGGCAGAGCUGAGAGAAUGGGAUUGGCCAUUUCUCUGGUGGCAGCGGAAAAAGAGAAGGUUUGGUAUCAUGUGUGCAGCAGUCGUGGUAAAGGAUGUUAUAAUACCAGGCUGAAGGACGAAGGUGGCUGUACCAUAUGGUACAAUGAGAUGCAGCUGCUGUCAGAAAUUGAGGAGCACCUGACUUGCACCAUAACACAUGUAGAGCAGGACAUGAAGGUGCCUUUGGAUGAAUUUGAUGGAAAAGUAUCAUAUGGACAACGGAGAGCUACUGGUGGUGGACUCUAUAAAGGGCAUGUAGAAAUGUUGGCGCCUACUGUACAAGAGCUGGCUUCUUUGGAGAAAGAGGCUCAGACCUCCUUUUUGGGUCUGGGUUAUCUGCCCAACCAGCUCUUCAGAACCUUCUGAGCCUCUGUAGUGUCAGUAUAUGUGCCCUUCAAUGGAGAGACCCAUUGAAUAGAGCAUCCUAUGCAGCAUGGAACAUCAAACUAAGCAACAGUCACUACGCCUGGAGCUGCACUCCCAGGAAUUAAGCGAAUAUGGACACUAGUUUAUUUCCUUGUUUUUUUUUUUCUUCUAUACCAGCUAAUGCUUGGUAUUAAGUGACGAGGUACAUCGGAGUUUCCUUUUACUGGUUAAUAAUGUUUGACAGUGAUUUUGUGCAUGCUGUAACAAUAAAAAUACAAACAUA